CGGCGCGGCCGGGGCCACCCGCGUCCCACUCGGCUGCUCGUUCCGGAGAGAGAAGAUGACGCAGGCGGGAGCCAGCGGCGCUGGCCACGCGGCUCGCGAACUCGCCGCGCGGGGCCGUUGCCGGCUCCACUGAUUCCAGCGCGCCCGGGAGGAGGCUCCGUCCCCGAGGCUCGGGAUCGGAGGGGGGACCGCGGCGAGGGCGAAAUGGCCCGAUGACAAAGGAAAUGUGAUCCCCCUCCGCUGCCAAGGUUUCAGAGCGGACGGACGCGAGGAGGAGGAGGGGCGCGCGGCGCGGAUAGCAUUGCACGACGGCCCGCGCGGAGCGGGCAGCGGGUACAUCCAAUAUCUUCCUGCCGAUGAAUAAUUCAGGGCGGCCCGCGGGGACCUGCGGCCCUGCGCCUUCGCGCCGCUAAGCCGGAGGGGUUAAGCCGCGCGCGGGAGGCGCCCGGGUCCCGCCAGGCCGGGGGGCACGAGGGCCCGGGCCGCGUGGGCCGCGCGUGCGUGCUAAGCGCGGGCAGCCGCGGCCGGGCUCCGGCGGGUGCGCGGGAGACUCGACGCGCGUGGGCCGCGCGUGCGUAGAGCGCGCGUGCGGCCGGGCCCCCACGAGCUGCAGCUGCGGCGGGGGCUGACCGCCCUGCAGGGGAGGAGGGGGCUGCGCCUGGCCGUGCGCAAGCCCCGGGCGCAGCACGCCGGGCCACCCAGGAGCCCCUGGCCGCCGCGUCAUGCGGCGGGGCGGCCGGCGUCGCGCGGGGGCACACCGGCUUGGCGACGCGCUGCUCCCGCCGUGACGACUUCGGGGCGCCUUCCCGAGGAGAGAUUCCGAGAAAAAGCCACGCACCAGAUAACCUUCGUCGAGCCAAAUUCUGCUGUGGCCCGGACCGGGAUCGCACAGCGGGGACUCCCCUUCGGCCAGCGCGCGCGGCCAAGCCCCGGCUGCUCCCGGGAGCCCUCUGACCUCCGAGCCCCUGCUCGCCCCUCGCGUGUCGGGGCUUGUUCCGGCCUCCCCGCCUCGGCAGGAAUCCGCGUCGCCCCCGGAGAGUGGCAUUUAAUGCCCGCGGUGCUGGGAGCAGCCGCGCGCGGGCCGCGCCGCCCUGGUGCCGGCUCCCGGGUCGCGGACCUGGCCGGUGCUCUUUGCUGAGUGAGUCGGCGGCUCCCCCACCCGCCUCGUCCGCUCUCUCCUCCUCCUCCUCCUCUUCCUCUCUGGUCUCCUCCCUCCUCCGGGACGGGUUGCAAAUGGCUUCGUUCCCCGAGACCGACUUCCAGAUCUGCCUGCUGUGCAAGGAGAUGUGCGGCUCGCCGGCGCCGCUCUCCUCCAACUCGUCCGCGUCGUCCUCGUCCUCGCAGACGUCCACGUCGUCCGGGGGCGGCGGCGGGGGCCCCGGGGCGGCGGCGCGCCGCCUGCACGUCCUGCCCUGCCUGCACGCCUUCUGCCGCCCCUGCCUGGAGACACACCGGCUGCCGGCGGCGGGCAGCGGCGCGCCGGGAGAGCCGCUCAAGCUGCGCUGCCCCGUGUGCGACCAGAAGGUCGUGCUCGCCGAGGCGGCGGGCAUGGACGCGCUGCCCUCGUCCGCCUUCCUGCUCAGCAACCUGCUGGACGCCGUGGUGGCCACCGCCGACGAGCCGCCGCCCAAGAACGGCCGCGCGGGCGCGGGCGCCCACAGCAACCACCGGCACCACGCGCACCACCCGCACCCGCGCGCGCCCGCCGCCGCGCCGCCGCCGCCGCCGGCGCCCGCGCCCGCGCCUUCCCGCCCGACUCCCGGCGGCGGCGGCGGCGGCGGCGGCCCGGCCGCGUCCCCGUCGGCGCUGCUGCUGCGGCGGCCUCACGGCUGCAGCUCCUGCGACGAGGGCAACGCGGCCUCCUCGCGCUGCCUGGACUGCCAGGAGCACCUGUGCGACAAUUGCGUCCGCGCGCACCAGCGCGUGCGCCUCACCAAGGACCACUACAUCGAGCGCGGCCCGCCGGGCCCCGCGGCCGCGGCCGCGGCGCAGCAGCUCGGGCUCGGGCCGCCCUUCCCCGGCGCGCCCUUCUCCAUCCUCUCCGUGUUCCCGGAGCGCCUCGGCUUCUGCCAGCAGCACGGCGAUGAGGUGCUGCAUCUCUACUGUGACACUUGCUCCGUGCCCAUCUGUCGCGAGUGCACCAUGGGCCGGCACGGGGGCCACAGCUUCAUCUACCUCCAGGAGGCGCUGCAGGACUCCAGAGCGCUCACCAUCCAGCUGCUGGCCGACGCCCAGCAGGGCCGCCAGGCGAUCCAGCUGAGCAUCGAGCAGGCCCAGACUGUGGCUGAACAGGUGGAGAUGAAGGCAAAGGUGGCUCAGUCGGAGGUGAAGGCCGUCACUGCAAGGCACAAGAAGGCCCUGGAGGAGCGCGAGUGCGAGCUGCUGUGGAAGGUGGAGAAGAUCCGGCAGGUGAAGGCCAAGUCUCUGUACCUGCAGGUGGAGAAGCUGCGGCAGCACCUGAGCAAGCUGGAGAGCACCAUCAGCGCCGUGCAGCAGGUGCUGGAGGAGGGCAGGGCGCUGGACAUCCUGCUCGCCCGAGACCGGAUGCUGGCCCAGGUGCAGGAGCUGAAGACCGUGCGCAGCCUGCUGCAGCCCCAGGAGGACGACCGCGUCAUGUUCACGCCCCCCGACCAGGCCCUGUACCUUGCCAUCAAGUCCUUUGGCUUCGUCAGCAGUGGGGCCUUCGCGCCUCUCACCAAGGCCACCGGCGAUGGCCUCAAGCGGGCCCUGCAGGGCAAGGUGGCCUCGUUCACGGUCAUCGGCUACGACCACGACGGUGAGCCGCGCCUCUCGGGAGGGGACCUCAUGUCGGCCGUGGUCCUGGGCCCUGACGGCAACCUGUUCGGCGCGGAGGUGAGCGACCAGCAGAACGGGACGUACGUGGUGAGCUACCGGCCGCAGCUGGAGGGCGAGCACCUGGUGUCGGUGACCAUGUGCAACCAGCACAUCGAGAACAGCCCCUUCAAGGUGGUGGUCAAGUCGGGCCGCAGCUACGUGGGCAUCGGGCUCCCGGGCCUGAGCUUCGGCAGCGAGGGCGACAGCGACGGCAAGCUGUGCCGCCCCUGGGGCGUGAGCGUCGACAAGGAGGGCUACAUCAUCGUGGCCGACCGCAGCAACAACCGCAUCCAGGUGUUCAAGCCCUGCGGCUCCUUCCACCACAAGUUCGGCACCCUGGGCUCCCGGCCCGGGCAGUUCGACCGGCCCGCCGGCGUGGCCUGCGACGCCUCGCGCCGGAUCGUGGUGGCCGACAAGGACAAUCAUCGCAUCCAGAUCUUCACCUUCGAGGGCCAGUUCCUGCUCAAGUUCGGGGAGAAGGGCACCAAGAACGGGCAGUUCAACUACCCUUGGGACGUGGCGGUGAACUCCGAGGGCAAGAUCCUGGUCUCGGACACCCGGAACCACCGGAUCCAGCUGUUCGGGCCCGACGGGGUCUUCCUGAAUAAGUACGGCUUCGAGGGCGCCCUCUGGAAGCACUUUGACUCGCCGCGGGGUGUGGCCUUCAACCACGAGGGCCACCUGGUGGUCACCGACUUCAACAACCACCGGCUCCUGGUCAUCCACCCCGACUGCCAGUCAGCGCGCUUCCUGGGCUCGGAGGGCACGGGCAACGGGCAGUUCCUGCGCCCGCAGGGCGUGGCCGUGGACCAGGAGGGGCGCAUCGUCGUGGCCGAUUCCAGGAACCACCGGGUCCAGAUGUUUGAGUCCAACGGCAGCUUCCUGUGCAAGUUCGGCUCCCAGGGCAGCGGCUUCGGGCAGAUGGACCGCCCGUCCGGCAUUGCCAUCACCCCCGACGGCAUGAUCGUGGUGGUAGAUUUCGGCAACAAUCGAAUCCUCAUUUUCUAAUCGCAGUGGCUCGGGUUCCGUGCUGGGGGGGGGGGGCGUGCACACGUGCGUGUCUGUCUGUCUCUAUCUCCUCUCUCCCUCCCUCUCUCUCUGUUUUUGAAUUUCAAAGAAGUAACCAUCUCAGGGAAAUUUUUUCUUUUCUUUGUCUAAAGAGAACAAGAGAAGUACAGCGUUGAUUCUUACCUCAUCUUUAUUUCUUUACAGAUGAAUGUAACAGUGUCCUUUGCGCAGGGGUGGAGCCUGUGGAGUGACACUUUCUAUCUACCUCAUGGAUCUAUGUUUCCUUCUCAGACAGGCCCAGGGGCCCUCCUGCGCGGGUUCACACCUGCCCGGGCCGUGGCGGGCUGCGCGCACACUGGCCCUGCAGCUGUUGGGUGUGCGUGUGCGUGUGUGUGUGUGUGUGUGUGUGUGACGGGAUGCAUUCUGUAGGUUGAGCCAAGGAAAUACAAGAAAACUACUAAGUUAAAAAAAAACUAUAAAACUGGAAAAAAUAGGAUUUUAAACUGCAUACGGAUAGAGUGUGUUCUCGAGAAUUCUGUGUUUCUGUGGGGUUAGAUUGUGUGGUGUGGUUUUGAACUUGCUGGAAAAUCUUUUUUUUAAAAAAAUGCUGCAGCAGAGAACGCUUCCUCUGUUUUCCUCGUCUACCUCAGCAUCUUUGCUCGUUCCCUAGGAGAGGUGGCUGUGGCUGGGCAGCCGAGAGCGGCAGCCCGAGCGGCGAGCUGUAGGGUGGCUGGUCUCUGUUUUCGGGGGGGUGGGGGAGGGAGGGUGCACCCGGAUCGUGACACCCUGCCUCCCAGGAAACCUUGUCCCCCCACACGUUGGUUUCUGAACAGUCGAUCUAGCUCGGCCUUGGAUUCAUAGUCUCAGAAGUGAAGUAUGCUUAUUUUGUUAUGGGCCAUAAGGAGUUAGGCGGAAGCAAGGAAGGGGGGCGAUGCCCCUGUUUUCAGGCGUGGACUGUGGGUGGGCACGCCUGUGCUGUGAAGGGGUCAGCCAGCCAGGCAACCCCCUCCCCCCAGACGUGGACUCUGCAGAGGGGCAGGGCGGGGGUCCUCCCGCCUCCCAUGGUGAAUGUUGUUCCAUUCCUGUAGCGCCAGGAGUUUCUUGUCUUAUCGAAGAGCAGACGGAUGGAUGAACUUUCAUUUUAAAAGCACAAUUUCUUCCUGCUUUGGAAGUUCAGGGAAAGAGGAAGUCUGCGAGUCGGAUGAUGCGUAUGAUCGGCCCGGCCCCAUACCCUCCGCUGGGCACCCGUGGUUACCGUGCCCCCCUCCCCCAAGGCCUUUGAAUGUAAAUGGUUUGUAAACCAAAUCAGCUCCCGAACCUGAAAUGUGUAAGGUGUGCUAUCUAGAUUCGGUACCAAAGAAGGAAAACGGAAGCCCAGUGCAGGACCGUGGGCUGCUGCUGCUGCCACCGCCGGACCUGGCCCGCGACCUGGUGCUCUGGCCUUCGGCUGGUCUCCCUGGUGGGACCCCGGCGCAGCUGCGAGUGUGUCCCCCAGGACCCAGAGGGGUCCCUGCGUUCCCCCAAAUCCUGAAGUGAGAACCAAAUCCCAGAGGACCGAGAGGUGCUGUCCCUAGGGAGUCCUCUUGUGUAAACACACUGACCGGUGGAUCAAUUUCAGUUUCGGUUCCUGUUUUUUUUCUGAGAGAUUUCUGUUGCGGAGUGGACGUGGUUUGCUGUGCGCUGAGUCCGUUGAGAAGUGGAGCGAUCUGCUUUGGUCAUUCCCCCAAAGAAGUGAGUCCAUUGGGUUGUGUUGACCACCCACUUUUUUUGGGCAUUACACUCUCCCGCCUCAAGCUGCCCUUUCUUCUUCCCACUGCUUUAACGUGAGGUUUUCCGAGACCCACAAAAUGAGAAGGGAGGCAGCAGGAACUCAGCUGCUGAGUGGAAGCGCCUUGUCCCCCAGUUCCUAUUCAGUUGCCUUAUCUUUGCCUCUGAGUUCUGAGUGACUUGGUGCUGGUCUUUGUCCUCGGCCCCUUGAUUGUCCAACGAAUUGCCCUGUGAACACCAAAGAUACAGUUGUCAAUGCUUAAGCGCUGCUGUGUGGGGGGAGUUCUGCUCGGUGGCUGAAAUGAUCAGGUCUGGACGAGUGGCAGCUCAGAGCAGGUGCAGCGGUCCCCCGAAGCCAGUGGGUGGGUGAGCGGUCAGGGCGAGACAUGCUGCCUCUGUGCCUGCACUUCGUGGUCCCGCUCCCCUACUUAGGAUGGUUACACGGCUGGCAUUUGGGAAGCGUGGUGGCAUUUGGGAAGUUUUUGUUUUUAAAAAGCAUUGGCCGCUUGUGGCUGUCUGAGAUUAGCUGUUGGCCCAUAGCGGGGAUGGAGGUGCCAAGCACUUUGGAGAUGUGGACUAGUCCACAUGAAGACAAGGUGGGAAGAGCCAGGGUUUGGUGCUCCCUGGAGAGAGAGGGUAUUGAGGAUACUUGCAUUUCAGCACCUGCCUCCUGCCCAUUAUGGGUGAUGCUGGGAUGAGCCUGGAGAGCGAGACCCUGUCGGCCCUGGGUGGCUCAGAUCGGGUCAGGUGGCAGGGGUGGGAUAUGACAGCAGUGGAUGUGUGGAGCUGCCCGUUGGAUCAGGUUUGAAAUCUCACCCUUAGGUAGCGGCUCUUUGGUUGACACCGGCUUAGCAUUUCAUAAUGUCUUAAGAGCAACAGAUUCCUUCUCUGUGGCUUUGGCCACGGGAAGCAGUCCUGUCUUGGAAUCCAUGCUCUAUUGUGGCUGGCAAAGUGAUGGAGCCCAGGGCCCCAGGCUGUACCCCGAGUGCACUGACUCCUCAAUCCAUACCCUUUAAGUCUAACUUACUUGCGGGGAGGAGAGGAGGGCAUACAACAAGAGUACCGUAAAUUAUGUGUUGGGCCAAAAAAGUUGCCAGAAGAGACAGCCUGUGGAGUUGCAGGGGAUAGCCGGAGACCCGCUCAGUCUGUUUUAGUCUAGUUAAGCCAAAGCUUAAGGAUUUGAGGAACGAACUCUUUUAGGCUUGAAGCCACAGAAUACUAUUGCGUAUGUGUGGUCUUCCUUUUCUGAAGAUUUUAAGAUGCUGUGUUCUGAUAGAUAGUUGAAAGAGAUGCCAAAGUUUUAGGCUUGUUUUUCUGUUGCUUUAAAAAUAAUAAAUAAUAAUAAUAAUACAAUGGUGCCAAAAAAGUAUUUAGGGUAUUUAUUUAAGACAACACUCUUUACAUUUCCAACAGUCUGGGGCUGUAUAAAAGUCGAAGUGUUUGUACCCACACAUGAUGAUGUCACAGAGCUGGAACCUCCCAGCCCGCGCCGCCUUCUCCCUGGCUUCCUGCAGGCCAGGUGCACGGGACUCAGCACUCCCAUGCCACUGUGUUUGUCUCGAUCUACCUCACUGUUGGCAAAAGUCACCUACCUCAUGUUAGCAUCCGAUGGGUCUCAAAAGGAGUAGUAUUUAUCCCGUGAGCAGUGAGUGGGAGCUGGAAUCUACCUCUUAGAAGAAGAGACGUUUGCUUGAGUCUAGAACUGACUUGUCCCAGGAGAAGUGUCAGGAGUCAUAAAUCCAAUAAUCUGUAAGUCCCCACCUCCCCCAAAAAACAAUAAUAAUUCACACCAUUCCCAUUUCCAUUCAGUGCUAAGAAACUACUGGUCCGUCUGCUCUGUUGGAGGACUUAGAAAUAAGGACCUUUAGGUCUUUCUCUUGAAGAGAAGAAUAUUUUAUCUGUUUGAUUGUCCACAGCGUCGCAGGGCUAGUUGUCGGCAGCACCCACUGUGGGAAGGGAAUGAGCAUCCUUUUGACUUCUUGAUUGUAUGUGCAGGCUGCCGCACCCAGCACGUGCGGUGCCCGGGGAAGCUCCUGUCACUCCUUUGUUUUGUUGCUAAUUUGUUUUUCUACCAAAGGUAAACACAUUGACGGGUUUUUGUUUUGUUUUUUGUUUUCCUUGUUUAUUAAAUACUUGAGAAAAGUCGAAAAGCACAUUACCAGAAAAUACUGUAUUGACAGCCCUCUGCCUCCUUCUCCUCCUCUUCCUCCUCUUCCUCCUCCUCCCCCUCCCCAGGUCACAUUUGGUUUUGAUUGGAGAGAGGGUCCCGAGACCACUGUCGGUAUCAGCAGUUGGGUUUAUUGGAGAAAUACCUCAAUGAUGUCUAUUUUGAAAACCGAUCUUACGGGUUAUUAACAAGCCAGCCUUGUGGGGCGUUUUCCGUCAUCAUGUAACCAGUAAUGGUUCUAAACGUUUUGUGUACCCACACGGUCUUAGACCUCCUUUUAAUGAUUGUAUUAACUUACAAAACUCAGGUAGUCUUUUUCUUAAGGCUCUCUCUCAGAGCACACUGGCUGAAUGUUGACGUGUGUAGCAGAGUGUUUACUUAGAAAACCAGCGUUGGCAUCAUGCCCCAUGUUCCUAGCCGUCUGUGUAGUUGUCUGCAGACACACUUCUGGCGUUCCCUUGUUUGCAGGGUGGUAAGAUGUCUUUUCCUCUAACGUCAAUGCAGGUGAGGGUGGGUGGGUGAGGGAUGUUUUUAACUAGCAUGAUAGGUGUACUUGGGGUGGGGGGAGGGUUGUUAGUAUUUUUUUAUGAAUCUCGCUCAGUAUGUCCCAUUAGCUCUCAUGCCUGGGCAAAAAGAUGCUUUAAUUUUUGAAGAUAGAACGUGUGGCUCGGUUGAGUCUGCCUUUUUUUUUUUUUUUUUUUUUUUUUUAAAGGAAA